UCCCAGGACCGGAUCGACGGCAUCGCCAUCCAGGCCCGCCAGUUCCAGGAGGCCGGCCAUUUUGACGCCGGAAACAUCCGGAAGAAGCAGGAGGCCUUGGGGGCGCGGUACGAGGCCCUGCGCGACCCCAUGGCGGCCCGGAAGCAGAAGCUGGCCGACUCGCUCCGCCUCCAGCAGCUCUUCCGGGACGUGGAAGACGAGGAGACCUGGAUCCGGGAGAAGGAGCCCAUUGCCGCCUCCACCAACCGAGGCAAGGACCUCAUUGGGGUCCAGAACCUCUUGAAGAAACACCAGGCCUUGCAGGCGGAAAUUGCCGGACACGAACCCCGAAUCAAGGCCGUCACUCAGAAGGGGAACACCAUGGUGGAAGAAGGCCACUUUGCCUCCGAUGACGUCAGAGCCAAGCUCUCCGACUUGCACCAGAAGUGGGAAUCCCUUAAAGGGAAAGCGUCCCAGAGGCGGCAGGAUCUAGAAGAUUCCCUGCAGGCCCAGCAAUAUUUCGCCGACGCUAACGAGGCGGAAUCCUGGAUGCGGGAAAAGGAGCCGAUCGUUAGCAGCACCGAUUACGGGAAGGACGAGGAUUCGGCCGAGGCGCUCCUCAAGAAGCACGAAGCGCUGAUGUCGGAUCUGAGCGCCUACGGAAGCAGCAUUCAAGCGCUGCGGGAGCAAGCCCAGGCCUGCCGGCAACAAGUCGCUCCCACCGACGACGAGACCGGCAAGGAGUUGGUCCUCGCCCUUUACGACUACCAGGAGAAAAGCCCCCGCGAGGUGACCAUGAAAAAGGGCGACAUCCUGACCUUACUCAACAGCACCAACAAGGACUGGUGGAAAGUCGAAGUCAACGACCGCCAGGGAUUCGUUCCUGCCGCUUACGUCAAGAAACUGGAUCCGGCCCAGUCGGGAUCUCGGGAGAACCUUCCGGACGAGCAGGGCGGGAUCGGGGCGCGGCAGGAGCAGAUCGACAACCAGUAA